CAGUUGCUUAGGUGCGGGGGCCACUGAGGGGGUUUUCAAGUGACGAUCACGAGGCCAGUUAUCAGUGGCGCAUACGGGACUGCAACCCGCCGCCGAAAGAGGCUCGGGUUGGUCGCGGCGGCCCCGGAUCCCCUCCACCGAGUGGUCUAGAGGCGAACAGCUCAUGCGCAGGCCAGCAGCAGGAUGCUGGAACCCGCUCCUGGGUCCAGAGGUCCCGGCCGCUCGUGGCGGGGGGGCGUGCACAGAGAUGACCAAGGAGCUCGUGCCUGCUGAACUUUAAGCUAAACUUUUGAGACACGUGAGUAGAGCCUUGGCAAGAAAGAGCUCAUUCGAUUUUCCUCCCAGAAAGAUCCCUCCUACCAUUGCGGCACCAGAAGCAACCAAAAUCUCCGGAUUUUCGAACCGGUUGUUCAUGACAGUCUAUUGAUAGCAAUGCAACAUCUGUUAAGCAGCCAUCAAAAUUGUGCCCUAAAAUGCAAACCGACCCCAGGCGUUAGCAAUCGUGCAUAAUUUAGCAUGGAUGAAGAUUGGACUGAAACAAUUUUGGGGAAAGAAUUGGUGCCAGAAGAAUAUUCAGAAGCCCCUUGUAGCUUUUCAUGCAUAUCUGGGUGCUCAGGAAAUACACCAGUCUGUUCUUCCUCUAGCCAUAAUGUCAAGUGGAGACAAUAAGCAGUCACAGGCUGUUGCCAAACCCUCUUUCAGUGAGGCACAAGCCUGUGUGCUGGUGGAAUCCGUAUUUGGGCUGAAAGUUUCCAAGAUCCGGCCACUUCCUAGCUAUGAUGAUCAAAAUUUUCAUGUGUGCAUUUCAAGAACCAAAGACAUUCCAGAUGGCCCAACUGAGUAUGUCCUCAAAAUAAACAACACGGAGGCCAGCAAAACUCCAGACCUUAUUGAAGUGCAGAGUCACAUCAUCAUGUUUCUGAGAGCUACUGGGUUUCCGACAGCCUCUGUGUGUCGGACUAAAGGAGACAGCAUAACCUCUCUUAUGUCCUUAGAUAGUGGCUCCGAAACCAAAAACUUCUUGGUGAGGCUGCUGACCUACCUUCCAGGAAAGCCCAUAGCAGAAAUUCCCAUCAGCCCCCAGCUACUGUAUAACAUUGGAAAGCUAGCUGCCAAACUGGAUAAGACACUGGAGAAAUUCCAGCAUCCGAGGUUAAGUAGUCUGCGUCGGGAGAGCUUCAUUUGGAAUCUGAAAAAUGUUCCUCUUCUGGAGAAAUAUAUACAUGCCUUGGGCCAGAAUCGAAAUCGAAAGAUUGUGGAACAGGUCAUUCAGCUGUUCAGGGAAGAAGUGGAGACCAAGUUAAGUGAUUUUCGAGAGUGUAUCAAUCACGGAGAUCUCAACGACCAUAACAUCUUAGUAGAGCCCAGCACGUCAGCCUCUGAAGAUGCUGCAUAUCAAGUGUCUGGGAUUUUAGACUUUGAUGACAUGAGUUAUGGCUACUACGUGUUUGAAGUGGCCAUUACCAUCAUGUAUAUGAUGAUUGAAAGUCAGGAUCCCAUAUCAGUAGGAGGCCAUGUCCUCGCAGGUUUUGAAAGCAUUAUCCCAUUGACAGCUGUAGAGAGAGGUGCUUUGUAUCUGCUUGUAUGCAGUCGCUUUUGCCAGUCACUUGUCAUAGCUGCAUACUCUUGCCAGCUACACCCAGAGAAUCAGGAAUAUAUCAUGAUAACUGCAAAGACCGGCUGGAAGCAUUUACAGCAAAUGUUUGACAUGGGUCAGAAAGCUGUAGAAAAAAUCUGGUUUGAAACUGCUAAGUCAUAUGAAUCUAAGAUUUCCAUGUGAAUGGGUCUGAGUUCACUUGUACUUGAGUAAUGAAAAACACAAUAGGACUAAAUCUAAUUCUUUGAAAGAUUUUAUUGUACAGCUAAAAGUGAAUAAUAGAUGGAGCAGAUCAAUGCACAUAAGAAUGCUAAUGACUUUAAUCUCAUUCUUUUUUAAACUUAAGUACUGUAUGAGCAAAUAUGUCUUUCUGUGGGUCUCAUGUACCUUGUGUGUAAUAGAAAAUAUACAGAAUGGCGUUUUGAGUCAGAAACUCACAAGUUUUUUAUAUGCAUAAGAGACUGUUGUGCUCUUUUCUCUCCUCCUCUUCUUUUUUUUUUUUUUAUUGCCACCAGAGUUAUCACUGAGGCUUGGUGCCAGCAUACAAAUUCACCACUCCUAGUGGCCAUUUUUCCCUUUUCUAUUUUAUCUGAUGGAACAGAGAGGAAUUGAGAGGGUAAGGAGAGAUAAGAAGAUAGAUACUGCAGACCUGUUUCACUGCUCAUGAAGCAGGUGGGGAGUGGGGCCUUGAAACUGGGUCCUUACACAUGGUAACGUGUGUGCUCAACCAGGUAUACACAAAUGCCUCUCCUCCUCCAUGGUUCUACCUUUCCACCCUCAUCUCCCCCCCCCCCCCCCCACGUAUUUAAGAGAAAUGUCUUGCUCUCAAUCUCAUCACCUUUUUUCUUUUUUCUUAUCAGAGCAGUGCUCAGCUUUGGCUUAUGGUAGUGUGGAGGAUUGAACCUGGGACUUUGGUCACUCAGGCUUCAGUCUCUGCAUAACUCUUAUGCUAUUUACUCCUUCUCAUAACCACUUCUGACACCAAAUGUGUGAGAUUUUUCCUCAUCAAACAGUUCUGAUGCUGUUAUUCAGAGUUGGCAUAAACCUCACAGGUUAAGGCCUUGGUCCACAAACUGCCUUCUUUUCAGGUUCCAGUUACAAGUACCAGCUGAUUCUUGAGUCAAAGUUUCUCACAACCUCCUCAAUUUGAUCAUUUGCUAGAAUAGCUCAUAGAACUCAGGGAAACACUUUAUCAGUUCAUCAGAAAGGGCACAGAUAAACAGCUGGAUGAAGACGGACGUGGGUGAGAUCUCAAGGGUCCUAAGCCCAGAAGCUUCUGUCCCUGUUGGUGUGCACCACUCUGUUGAUGUUACUAGAAGCACUCGCGAAACCAGAAGUUCUCUUCACUCUUUUAGUUUGGGCUUUUCUUAAGGCUGCAGUACACGUGAUUAAAUCAUUGUUGAUUUAGUUAAAUCCCAGCCCCUCUUCUCUUUUCAGCCCUCUGAUCACUUGGUUGUUACUUCUUGGCAAUCAGUCCCCAUCCUCCAAGAGCCACCUCAGUCACAUAAAUUCUGGUUGGUGCAGUUCAGAGAGAGUUGCUAACAGGAAAAAAAAGACCCUCUUCUCAUCUCUGUCAUUAAGGAUUUUAGGUGCUCUUUGCCAGAAUUUUAGACAAAGACCAUGAAUUCUACUUCACUGAAUUCCUAGCUCAAAUAUUGUCAAUCACUAUUUCCACAUUUAAAUAUUUGUUGUCUUGCAUUUAUAUCUUACUGUUUGUUGUUUGUCAAUAACUUGUCAAUCAGUUCUAUGUAGCAUAUAAAUUAUUUGAUGAAUAAAUUGAAAAAUAUUUCACACUAUCUUUAAGAUCUGUUAGCAAACCUUUAAUAAAGAUUUGUUGAAUGAACA